CAUCAUGCACUGCAGCUGUGUGUCUGUGUCUCCUGCAGAGAGCAGCCCAUCUUCAGCACCAGAGCGCACGUCUUCCAGAUCGACCCCAGCACCAAGAAGAACUGGGUUCCCACCAGCAAACACGCUGUCACCGUGUCCUACUUCUACGACAGCACACGCACCGUGUACCGCAUCAUCAGCCUCGACGGGUCAAAGGCCAUCAUCAACAGCACCAUCACCCCCAACAUGAGCUUCACCAAAACCUCACACAAGUUCGGUCAGUGGGCAGACAGUCGGGCUAACACGGUCUACGGCCUGGGCUUCUCCUCCGAGGCCCAUCUGAGCAAAUUUGCUGACAAGUUUGCGGAGUUCAAAGAGGCGGCGCGGUUAGCCAAAGAGAGAUCUCAGGAGAAGAUGGAGUUAACCAGCACUCCCUCACAGGAAUCAGCGACGGGUGAACUUCAGUCUCCUGUGACUCCAGAGAGCAUCAACGGCACGGACGAGAGAGUGACCCCCGACGCCGCCUUCAACACCGAGAUCAACGCCGUACCGUUCCCUCACAGCUCCACGUCCAUCAGCAAACACUGGGAGGCUGAGCUGGCGACUCUGAAGGGGAACAAUGCUAAGCUAACGACGGCGCUGCUGGAGUCCACGGCUAACGUCAAGCAGUGGAAGCAGCAGCUGGGGGCGUAUCAGGACGAGGCCGAGCGACUGCACAAACGGGUCACGGAGCUGGAGUGUGUGAGCGGACAAACCGCCGGCGUCAAAACACAGAAAACAGAGCUGAACCAGACCAUAGAAGACCUGGAGGCCGAGCUGAAGGCCAGAGAGGAGGAACUGGAGAAUCUGAAACAGGAAGUGGAGGAAGCCAGCCAGCUGCAAACACAGAACGAUUCGCUCACUCAGAAACUACAGGUGAAUAUGCACUCACUCUGA